UUGUUUGUACGCGAUCCGCACUCUCGUGGUUCUAUUGAAAUGCAAUGCAGAUUUUUUCUCUUUCCGUCCACACUCUAGUCAAGGUUCGUUUUCAACGGCAUAAGAUAAUAUAUUUCGAAAACGAAAUAGUUCGCUUUGGUUUCCGUAAGAAUACGCGUAGUACACCGGCGCAGCUCAUGUACGGUAAUACAGUAACCGUAAUAUUAUACGUGUUGAGCUGUUAACCGUAACCGCUUGCGUACAAGUAAUCCAAUCCUAAUUUGGAACGUGACAAACGGCCGUUCGAUCGUAUAUAUCCUGCGUCCUUACGUACGAUAAGCAGAUUCGUCGUGCAAAUGCGUUGAUUCAACCGUCUGCUUUGGACGUAUUUGUUACCCGCAAUUUUUGGUACCGGAGGAUGCAAAGCAAUCGUUUUCAAACAUAGUGCGCGGUCUCGUCGUUCGAGCUUCAGCUACAUUACAUUGAACGCACCGAGACGUUUCCGGUGUCGGUGGCGAGAUGAGAUGUACGUGUUGAAAGCGUACCCGGUGCAGGAGUUGCGCGCGCGGUCGUCAGAAGGUGUCGCAGAACUUUUAGCAUGCUGAAGGCCGACCAGGAGAACGCUGUGGCGGGAAAGAGCAUACUGAAGAGACGCGUUCGAAGCGAAACGAAACCGGCGGAGCUCGCGGCGAGGACGGACCCGGUGGCCGACGACGACGGCGCGAGUGACGCGUGCAAGCGGUACGUGACGUUCGACGAGACGAUCACGGUGAAGAACGACAAGGACAGGGUGGUCAGGAAGCCGUUGAAGUUGGAACUGGUCAUUGACAACUGGAAGUCGAGCGCGGCGAAAACGGAACCCGAAGCGAUCGGACCCGAUCCCGGGAUCGUCAGACGUCUGGUCGACGAGUUCAACACCAUCGACGACAAAUCAACGGUGAAAAAACCGACGGAAGGUAAGUUAACUUUACUUGGCCAUGUCCAAAAUAUUGGCAACGUGAGCAAUCUGAUAAGUAUGUUCAACUCAAAAUCAACCAACAACAGAGCGGAAGAACUUAAUACCAAAAUCAUAAUUUUUUAAUUUGUUACGAUUACGCCGGGUGUAAUAAACAUGAGGCGUGAUCAUAAAAAGAUGUUUGGAUUAAGCCAGUUUAUCGCUGGGACAUGCUAAGCAUCACGGAUGAAAUCGAAUAGUGUUACUUCAUCGGUAAUUCUAUUUUCGAUCGCCUACUGUAGAGUGACAAGUUGACGCGAACGCAACAUGUGAACGAAUCAAAAAUGCAUGAUUCUGUACAGCAGUGUUUAUCAAUGUUUGUAUUACGGCGACACAUCAUUAAAAUAUUUCAUACCUAAUCACACACCGUAAACAAGUAAAGGUGAAAAAAGACUCUUAUUCAAUAUAUUUACCUGUAAAAAUUAUAUAAGUAAGAAACAACUAAAUGAGAAUUAUUUAAUUCUUAUGUCUUA